UCCUUAUUGGAUAUUCCUUGACAACAACAACAACACGCUUCACCAUCUUGUAUACUUCCGUCAAUUUUCUCGUAAAACAGUUUAUUUCUCCUCCUCCUGGACAUUACAGCAAGUGUUUGGUGAGUUAUUAAGAGUGCAGGCUGAUAUAACCUGCCAGAGACUACCCCAGGCUGAUAUAACCUGCCAGAGACUACCCCAGGCUGAUAUAACCUGCCAGAGACUACCCCUGGCUGAUAUAACCUACCAUAGACUAUCCCAGGCUGAUAUAACCUGUCAGGGACUUCCCCAGGCUGAUAUAACCUGCUACAGACUACCCCAGGCUGAUAUAACCCACUGACUAACAACUUGUGCAGAAAAAGAUACUGUGAUGUCACAUCUCAAGACCAAGUGUAACUAAGUAGAAAUUCACAAUGUCAAGCAGAGAUAAAAAGUUCUCCUGUGAGGAAUGUGGCAAACGGUUUUGCUUAAAGUCUACUCUUCAGACACAUUUACUUGUACACAAUGGUAUGAAGGAGUUUGAAUGUGAGGAAUGUGGGAAAAAAAUGUCAUCUAAGAGUAAUCUCAAGAAACACAUUCUUGGACACAGUGGUAUAAAGGAGUUUGAAUGUGAGGAAUGUGGGAAACAUUUUGCACAUAAGAGUUAUCUCAAGACACAUUUACUUGGACACAGUGGUAAGAGGGAUUUUGAAUGUGAGGAAUGUGGGAAAUAUUUUACAAGGAAGAGUACUCUGAAGAGACACAUUCUUGGACACAGUGGAAUAAAAAAGUUUAAAUGUGAGGAAUGUGGGAAUUAUUUUGCACAUAAGAGUCAUCUCAAGACACACAUUCUUGGACACAGUGGUAUAAAAAAGUUUAAAUGUGAGGAAUGUGGGAAACUUUUUGCACAAAAGAGUACUCUCAAAUCACACAUUCAUGGACACAGUGGUAUAAAGGAGUUUGAAUGUGAGGAAUGUGGGAAACUUUUUGCACUAAAGAAUGCUCUCAAGGCACACAUUCUUGGACACAUUGGUAUAAAAAAGUUUAAAUGUGAGGAAUGUGGGAAACAUUUUGCACAAAAGAGCACUCUCAAGACGCACAUUCUUGGACACAGUGGGUCAUCUCAAGAGGCACAUUCUUGGACACAGUGA